AUGAGGGACAGACUGUGCCACUUACAGACCAUAGCGGAGGAGGAGUCCAGUGAAGAAGAGUGGAACCCAUCUUCUCAUGAGGAAGAUGAAGAUCUGGACCAGGAAGCAGUGAUCUUCGAGGAGGAGUCCACAACCAUGAACGACAUUUUAAAAGAAUCGCAGUCCUUGAGAAAAGAGAUUACUCUCCUCCGCUUAGAUGUGGAACGGCUUCAGAAGGAGGGAUCACGGUUCUGUCAGUCUGUUCGCCGACUCAGUGGCAUCCAACGUGACACCAACACCAUCUCAAGCGCCAUCCGAGUCCGCGGCGAGGCAAUACUUGGGCGGAUACAGAAGCUGGGCAAACUCAAGGAGGAGUUGGAGGAGAGUCACGGCAAGAACGCGGCCGUGGUUCGGGUGGCGCAGGCUCAGUAUGUCACCUUGAGCCACUCCUUCCACGAGGUCAUGACCAAUUACAAUGCCGCAGAGCUGGAAGAACGAGAGAAAUGCCGGGAGCGAAUCCAACGUCAAGCAGAAAUCCUCAAGAAAGAGGUGACUGUGGAUCAGAUCGAUCAAAUUAUCCAAGAAGGAGGAUGGGGUGCUUUUUCAGAGGAGCUUCAGACGGACGGACGGUCAUCUCGCUGGGCACUGAACCAGAUUAAAGAACGACAUAAGGAGCUGCUAAAACUUGAGGCCAGGUUGAAAGAAGUCCAUGAACUCUUCCAAGACAUGGCGAUGCUGGUUGAGGAACAGGGUGCAAUGCUGAAUAAUAUUGAAGCUAACGUUGUAGCCACCGAUGACUAUCUGGGGAAAGUGAACGAACAGUUUAAAACUGCUAUCAAAUACCGCAAGAAAAAUCCAUGUUUUCAGAUGUUUUGUGGAUGUUUCCCAUGUUGGAAACAAGCUACAGGGUGA